UGAAAACAUGGCGAUGGUGUGGGAGAAAUGGMGGAUUAUUUAUCCAUUUUGGCUUGUUGUUAUAUCAUUAUCAAUGAUACAGAAAUGUCAAGGGGCAACGCAUUGGAUUGUWACAGAAAAUGGACGAAUUGAGGCCCAGACAAAUUCAUUAUUUAAUCUCCAAAAACCAUUUGAUUUGGUGACAUUCAUCCACCAAGAGCAAGAAUUAAACAAGGUCUACYUGCGUGGUGAAUUAAAGAAAGAACAAGACAUUUUAGAUGAAGUCAAUCGUCAGGAGAAGAUUGAUCUGUCUGAAACUUUCUUUAAAACKGAUCCAACUUGUAGCAGGCUGAARCGCUGGUAUGAGUUGGAUUUGUCAUUGAAUUUUAUUAUUCCUUUUUCAAGCAAGGACAUCAAUGUUGGCCAGCACAUUGAUCUGGAAAGUGCCGUAAAAACACACAGCGUCAAGACACCGCUUUGUCUCCAAAACAUUCCYAUCACACUCUACAGCUAUGAUCACCUUGAGGGUGUGGCUAACAGGCAUACUUUACCAGGCAUUAGCGAACAUGGCUUGUUAACGACAAUGAAAUAUGUUACAGAUGUUGAUGACUGGGGUGAUAGGAUUGCGCGGGCAUUAAACAAGAACUCUACGUCAUGGGUCCUGCAAAAUAUGGCGGCAUUAUACUGGCGAAUAAAGGGAAAUACAGCUCAGUCUGUCAACUGUCUGCGUGAGGCACUCUAUUACUCCCCUAGACAACAUCAGGACAUCGCUCUAUUUAGCCUGGCAGUUGUUCUACAUCAUGCAAAUUAUUCCCUGGAUGCAAUAAUGCUGCUUCAUGUCUCGCUUGAAAUCACGAGGGAUGUUGCAAUACAUCAGUAUGUUCUUGGAAACAUUUAUGCCACCCUCCAGCUAUUCAACAUGACAGARCUUUGUCUCAAGUAUGUCACACUUGUUCAACCAGCCUUCCAACAUGCUGUGAAUAAACUCAAAGUAGCUGUAUGUGAAAGACGAUACCAUGAAGCAGUACUCGAUCAGUUUAGCUCUCUUGAGAAAGUUCUCAGUAAAGUUCAAAAGCACAAAGACAAGCAUCAAUCUCUUCAAAAACUUCAAGACAGAGACAACAUCAAGCAGCAGUUUGCCUAUGAUGUGUUCAAGAGACAGAUUGAGAGGUUUAGUAGAGAACCAGUGGCUCAGUCUGAGUCGCCACUUAGUGCUAAUCAGGAAGUAAUUUCCAACGAAAAAAGCAAAGGUCAAAUGACAAACAUUCAAAAAGACAUUGUCAGUGCCAUUGGUAACAACAACAUCGAUAAUGGAGAAGCCUUCACUGUCAAYAUCCAACUUGACCAAGGAGGGCCUGUCGUGCAGAAGAAGGUUUUCUGCCAGAAAGCUAACGCAGACGGAAAAACAACMCAAGUUCCAUGUCAAAUAUUCGAAGUUGCAGGAAAACAAGGCGAGACAAACACACAAUUACACAUUAAUGAUGAAAAAGAAACUACAAAGAGUGAGAAAAUGGAAAGUGGAAGAAAAGUGGAUGGAAGAGAAAGUGAGAAUAAAAAGAAAGAACAAAAGAAAGCUGCAACUAAUUCUGUUAAAGAAUCGAAUAAGCAACUGAAAAGUGGARGUAUGGAAAUGAAAAAAGUUAAGAAAGAAAAACCAAAAGACAGUCCAAAAGAGAAGCAAAAUAAAAACAAUUUUUCUAAAAGCGUCAAAGUAGAAAAAAGAGGCUCAGAUGUCAAAGUAUCUGAUGCUGUAAAAGAUGGAAAAUUAAGCUCCAAAACAGCAGAAAAUACAGCGAAAWCCAGAAAACCAAAGAAAAAACAUGAAACCGAAAGAAGGACAGCAACACCUCACAAAGACGAAAACAUGAGUUUGCAAGAAAAGACACUACGACAAGUUGAGCAUGCGCGAGCGACUAUAGCGCGCGUUAAAAGUAUGCUUUUAGUCCCACAAGCCGCCGUGGAGUCAAAUGUUCCUUUUAGAGGAGCAAAAAACACCGCUGGACCUGGAGGGACUGGGCAGGGAGUGUUUCUUAAGGACGAUUUAAAAUCAACAAAAAAGGGAGAGUCCGUGAGAUCUGCUAGUGACGAUCCCACAUUUGAGAGAAGUCAAGCUCCUCCUAUCAAGCACUAUCAACCUGAUAAGCAACAGAAGCAGUUUUGCGAGAAUCCUUCCGAUAAUUCAAAUAAAAAGCGUAAAGGGGACACAUUAGGUAGGGGCUGUCAUACUCCAUCAAAGAAUGGUCCCCAGAAACAGUCAAAGAAAGUAGUUUCUUCAGAGAAARUCCAGAAGAAUUCUGAGAAUGGUAAACAAAGUAGGCCCCAUGCUUCUAAGACUUCUCAAAUCCCUGAAAAAAGCCAUGGAAACAAUAAAGUUAAAAAAUGUCCCCAGUCCACUGAGGGACAUGUUGAAUAUAAUACCAAAUCAACAGAGGCCMCCAAACAMGGGAAUGACGGGAAGGAAAAGGUUCUGUUAAGCUUGAAAGAGUUUCAAGARGUUUUAAAGAAGAGUAAAAAACAACCUGGACAUAACUUUGAUCAUCGUAAGUGUGAUGAUAUCGACGAUCCUAUGGGUCAGCUGUCUCACAAGGCAACCAAGUUCAGYACUGUUGUCAGCGUCAUUUCMAAAGGAGUUGAAGUGAGCCGGUAUAUUGACUUCAACGAGAAUAUUUCCGGUCUCCCCAAGCCCCCUCGAUGUCUUGCGAAGAUAAUACCUGGACGGUCAUUGGGCGAUAUUAAAGGAAUACUUCAAGUCGGUAAAAGUCCAGUGCAGCCUGAAAGCAGCUUGAAACAGACUUUGCUGUCGCAUGCUCACCUUGUAGGGAAAAACAUUGGACUUGAAGAGAUGGGAACAAGAAUUAACAGAGCACUUAAAAGGAAUCCAACGUCCUAUGUACUCCUCAACAUAGCAUCUCUAUACUGGCGCGUCACUGGGGAAGCUUAYGAAGCCGUACGCUGUCUKCGAUUGGCUGUACARCAUGCACCUACAAAAGCAGCWYUGGACAUACCUCUGAUCAGUCUUCAAAGUAUUUUGUAUCGAGCUGGAUUCUUGCAAGAUGCAGCAACUAUUGGCAAAGAGGCUCUUGAGAUUUCGCCGAAUGCUGCCAUUGCYCACUUUGCUCUAGCGAACACACUUGCUGCACAGGGAAACAUUACACAGGCAACCCAACAUUUCCUAAUCGUCCUUCAACUGGAACCAGGCUUCGCCCCGGCGAUCGAGCGACUCAAGGUGAUCCAAUGUAUCCUAUGGAACGAGCAGAAAAAACUUGAAAAAGAGGCUGACGAACUGCGCAAACUCCUGGCUAACUCGUGACAAUGUUUUGUGACCUUUUUAGAGUAUGACCAAUAGAUAGUCAGCUGUAGUUGGUGGUUAAAUUUAGUCACGGGUAAAAUAGCGUGACAACUUUGAGGACGUAUGUGACACAGUAGCGUGACAUGACGCUUCUGGAAAAAUGAAAUACACACUAAAAUAAUGUUAAAAUGAAUUCUAUUUUUAAUGAAAUAAAAUAAUAUGAUUACGUACA